AUGAGAUUUGGAGAAGGUGAUCCGACAGAAUAUUUAAUGAUUUUUGGACUGAAUCGUCCGAGAUUCGCAAUUUUUCUCGCGUUUUUAUUAUUCGCAUCAAUUUUAUUUACAUUUAACAUUUUAUACGACGGUACGGUUUGUACAUUGGAAAGGAAUACGGGAACGUCGUCCUACAGGACAGGAAGAGGAGGAGGAGGUGGUGGUGGUGGUGACGACGACGUUAACAUGCAAUACGUUGAAAAUAAUAAUUUAAACAUACUUUUGGAAAGGAACAAUUUUAUUUACGGUAAUCACGUACAUUUUCAUAAAACGAGCAGAAGACUUCCGCAAGCACUUAUAAUAGGUGUUAGAAAAUGCGGUACUAGAGCGCUGUUGGAAAUGUUGUUCCUUCAUCCUAACAUUCAAAAAGCUGCCGGGGAGGUACAUUUUUUCGACAGAGAUGAAAAUUAUAAAAAAGGAUUGGAAUGGUAUAGGAAAAAAAUGCCGCAUUCGUUCAAAGGACAAAUAACAAUUGAAAAAAGUCCGAGUUAUUUCAUAACACCGGAAGUACCGGAAAGAGUCAGAGCCAUGAAUUCCAGCGUAAAACUUUUAAUUAUCGUUCGUGAACCUGUUACGAGAGCCAUAUCAGAUUAUGCUCAAUUAAAAAGUCAUUCCGCAACAGCAUCUUCUUCAUCUUCGUCGGUUGUAACAUCACAAUCGAUUCAUUCUAAAACAUUCGAAGAACUUGCCAUUAAACCUGACGGUUCUAUAAACCUUUCUUAUCGUCCUGUUGCAACGAGCAUAUACCACAGGUUUUUACAUCGUUGGCUCGAUGUUUUCACGAGGAAUCAAAUAUGGAUCGUUAACGGUGAUAAAUUGAUCAAAGAUCCCGUCCCGGAAUUGAGAAAAAUUGAAUAUUUUUUAGGUUUGGAACCUAAAAUAAGUAGAAAUAAUUUUUUUUUCAAUUACACGAAAGGUUUUUACUGUUUGAGAAACGAUACGACGGAUAAAUGUCUUAAGGAGACAAAAGGAAGAAAACAUCCGAAAGUUAAUUCCGUUGUCGUGACUAAAUUAAGACAAUUUUUCAGCGAACAUAAUCAAAAAUUUUACGAAUUAGUCGGUGAAGAUUUCGGAUGGCCGGAUCAAUAA